AUGCUCUCUGUGCCGCCUGCUACUCUUCUCCCUCUCCUUUCUGCGACUGUCUCGUCUGCUCCUUGGCUGUCGACCGGCCUCUUCGGUCUUCUGCUGCUCCGCCAUGCCGGGUCCGCCGAGGCCGUGAAGCUGGACACGCGAGCCAGCAGCCUACAGACGACGUCCAACGGGUCGACGUUCGUAUGGACAAUCCAGGACACGUACGAGGGCGACAACUUCUUCGAUGGCAUGGUCAACUACACCGACCACGACACUGCCAUAAGAAACGGGCUAGCGUUUGUAACGGACGAUGGAAAGGUUGUUAUGAAAGGCGACAAUACCACCCAGCUGGAUUCAGGUGUGUUCCGGAACAGUGUGCGACUGUUCGUUCUAGAUCUCAACCAUGCGCCAUGGGGCUGUGGUGUAUGGCCUGCAUGGUGGACACUUGGCGGUGGACAAUGGCCUUACACCGGAGAGAUAGAUAUCCUUGAAGGCGUGCACGACAACGCUCACAACCAGGUGACUUGGCACACGGGGCCCAAUUGCACUAUGAACCCCAAUGUCACAUUCACUGGGACUAUCGUGGAUGGAAGCAAUGGGUCCGCCAACCUGAACUGUGACGGCACCAUCAACAACAACGCCGGUUGCGGUGUUACCGAAUGGAGCCGUGCGUCAUACGGGCCGAUUUUCGACGCACAGGGAGGUGGUGUCUUCGCCAUGAAGUGGGACGACGACGGAAUUGCCGUCUGGUCCUUCUACCGUGCGGCCGUCCCAGCGAACGUUCUGAAUGGUCAACCGGAUCCAUCAAGCUGGGGCUCGCCCGUGGCGAUGUUGGACCCAAGCGGGUGCGACCCCAUCUCCAACUUCGUAAACCAUUCGAUCAUUUUCGGCGAUUGGGCGGGAAACUCGUACGCUAGCUCCGGGUGCCCUGGGACAUGCACGGACCGCCUCAUGGAUCCAGCGAACUUUGUGAACGCAUCUUGGAGCAUCAACACCCUCAAGGUGUAUCGCAAGCAAAAAUUGUCCGGCCUCGUCAAUGGCAGUGCCCACAAUUUGCCCCUCCCAUCGCGUUUGAGCGUGGUCUCGCUUGUGGCCAUCCUUCCUAUGCUGGCAUUGUUAGCUCUUUAG